UCGGAACACACAGUCAGAGAAUGAAUGACAUGAGCCUCCUCCUCCUCCUCCUCCUCCCCCUGCUCGUACACUGCCUGAGCUCAGCCUAUGAGACCGACCAGAUCGACUUCACUGGAGCCAGGAGGAGCAGAGGACAAGUCCAGAGCUCAGUUGAAGUGGUUCGCUGCUUGAAUGGGGCAUUGCAAGUUGGCUGCGGAGCCUUUGCCUGCUUGGAGAAUACCACCUGUGACACCGAUGGAUUGUAUGACAUCUGCAAGUCUUUUCUGUUCAACGCUGCCAAGUUUGACACUCAGGGUAAAGUGUUUGUGAAGGAAAGUUUGAAGUGUAUAGUGAUUGGAAUAACAUCCAAGGUGUUCCUGGCUAUCCGCAGAUGCUCCAGCCUGCAGCGAAUGAUCUCUGAAGUCCAGGAGGACUGUUAUUCCAAAUUAGAGCUCUGCAGUGUCGCCCAAAAUAAUCCAGAAGCAAUCACGGAGGUUAUAUAUCAGCCACAGCAGUUUUCCAACAAGUAUUACAACAAGCUGUUAAACAGCAUAAUGGUCUGUGAUGAAGAGACUGUCAAAUCCAUCAAGAAUAAUCUAAUGACCCAGAUUGGCCCUAAUUUAGCCAGCCUCUUCAAAACCCUGCAAGGUGACAAAUGUUCCCAGCAACAGCCCAAAGCAGACUUUAACCGAAAGAGAAAUGUCGAUCCACAGAAACUUCGGGUGUAUCUGCGCAGUUUCCGCAAUGAAGGACCUAUUGCAGGUUCCUCCACCCAAGACUCCUCUGAAGAUGAAUAACUAUGUCUAUGACCAAAGAGUUGGGUGUAGCUUUAAUAUUUAAUAUCGGUUGUUGUGUUGUCAGAGCUACUUUCUAAAGACCUCUACUGGGAAGCUGUGCCUCCUUCAAUAUAAAGUAUUUUGUCUGUUUAUUUGUGUCAGGGGUUAGGUAGUGGCUCUCCACGGGCCCCUUUCUCAUAGGGAAAAAAUAUUUUUAUGGUUAUAGUCACUACAUAUCAAAAUAUUGAGCUACAUUACUAUGACUAUGUGCUCUGUGUACACUGUGUAGUUGCAAAACACUUUUCAAGGUCAAACAGUCUAUUCAGGUCCUGUCUCUGGUGUAAUCUGCAAACUAUGCACUUUUCAAACUGUAUGCAGUGGUUGCCCUAAUUGCACGUGCCAAAUACUGACUAAGAAGUCCAGGCUAGCAUUCACACCAUGUAUUCUGGCCUUGGUUCUGGCAGCUUGUACAUUUAACCUUGUGUAUCCCCUACUGCAUAGCAUGGUGGCUGUCCAAGCACAUGCACCAAAAGCUCAUUGGAAAUUAUGCUGGAGCUGGGGCUUGCCCAGUAUUUUUGGGCUCGUCUCCAGCAUACUCUCCAAUACAUUCUCCAAAACCCAUACACCUAAACUGGCGGACUAUACUUGAAUAUAUAGUGCAAAUAUAUAAUCAAAAAUAAUUCAAAAUUUCAUAACAAUAAAGCUUACAGAUGUGAUAUUGUUAAAAAUGAAAGUGCAUGUGCAUAGUAAAGUAAGAUAAGAUAUUUAAACAUUUUACAAAUUAAAAAAUAAACAGUGCUUUAAAUAAAGUUCAUGUUUACUCUUCUUUAAACAAAGCUUCUUUUAUCGCCAAAUGUGAAAUGUCAUCAUUACUAUAAUUUUCAUUGGAGUGCGCAGGGGGUGUGCCUGGGCACACCCUAAUGACCCUGUGCAGUGCAGAUUCCCCCUGCUGAUAUUUCACCAAAGCU